AAAAGCUACAGCAUUCUUCCAUCAAGAAGACUAGUUUUCCAACACAGUCAGCUAUCCUAAUGCAAACAAUACUGUUGCCAAAGUUGAACCCUGUAAGUGAAUCCAGUCUUGGUCUGCACGGGGAUAUGAAUUUGGCAUAUGAUAACUUACUUUGCUUUAUUGGGGAAGUAGUAAUGACUAUGAAAACAACAAAUGCUGCAAUGAGUCCCACCUGCUCUGCAUUUGGCAGCAUAUGUGAGAGCUGUUUGCUCUGGCUUCCUGCCUGACUCCGAGGCAACUCCUGUUUCAUAGCUUAACACAGGGCUUCCCAAAGUUGGCUCCCCAGAUGUUGAUGCAGUGGCCUUUUGCUGGGGUUUAUGGGAGAUGUAGUCAAUAACAUCUGGGACCCAGCUUUGAGAAUCCCUGGCUAACAGCACAGUUCUGUGCAAGUCUACUCAGAAGUAAGCCCCACUGAAUCCAGUAGGGCUUGCUCCAGACCAGGUGAGUGGACUGCAGCUGGAGGCCUGCUGCGCCCAGUUACCUGGGGGCAAGCCCCAUCCAACACCAUGGGGUUUACCACCGAGGCAGAGAUAUGGGAAGGCGACCUGAGCAAGGUCUCCAGCAAACAGAGAGGUGGCGCUCGAUGCUCUCGGGAGGCGCUUGCUGAUGCCUGGGGGCUGGCGGGCCGGCUCCCGGAAGCGAGGGGCAGGACUCGAUGUAUUCAGCCGGCACCUGCUCCUGCCUGGCGCCUCCUAGCAGCGGCGCGCAGGGCCUAGGCCGGAGCCUGGGCCUCACCGGAGCGAGCGAGCGCUCCCCAGCAGUCGCGAUGUGGCGGAAGAGCUUGGCGGUGCUGCUGCGGAGAGCCCCGUUGCCGCUGCUCGGGAGCGGAGGCUGCCGCGGCGGCCCGUCCCGACGGCGCCUGUGGGGGCUGGGCGGGGGGCUCGGCUUGGCGCUGGGGCUGGCGGCGGCGGCGGCGGCGGCGGUGCCGGCCGAGGAAGAGCAGCAGCAGCAGCAGCGAGAGGGGCUCGCGCUGCGUCGGCGGAGGAAGGACUUCAGCCGGGCGGUCGAGAGCAGCAGGGACCUUCUCCUGCGGGUGAAGGAUGAAGUGGGAACCCCAGGAAUAGUUGUUGGAGUUUCUGUAGAUGGAAAGGAAGUGUGGUCAGAAGGGCUGGGUUAUGCUGAUGUGGAAAACCGUGUGCUCUGUAAGCCAGACACAGUUAUGCGAAUUGCUAGCAUUAGCAAAUCUCUUACUAUGGUUGCUGCUGCAAAGCUGUGGGAGGAAGGAAAACUGGAUUUUGAUGCUCCUGUGCAAAAGUAUGUUCCUGAGUUUCCUGAAAAAGAAUUUGAAGGCAAAAAGGUAAUCAUUACUACAAGGCUGUUAGCUUCACAUUUAAGUGGAAUUCGCCAUUAUGAAAAGGACAUUGCCAAAGUAAAGGAAGAGAAGGAAAAGAUUAACAGAGCCCUAAACAGUGGGAAAGAUGCCCCAAAAUCUGAGCAAAGAGAAAAAGAAGAUAAAGGCUCUGAAAAGAGUGAGUCAGCUAAAACCAAGCAUAAAGACAGAAAUUCGAAAGCCGGAAAGAACAAAAUUGAGUUUGAACAUGAAGAAUACUGUUUGAAAGAGAAAUUUGAUAAUGUGAUUGAUUCACUGAAUAUGUUUAAGAAUGAUCCUUUGUUCUUUAAACCAGGUAGUCAGUAUUUGUAUUCGACUCAUGGAUUUACUCUUCUGAGUGCUGUUGUGGAGAGAGCCUCUGGUCAUAAAUUCACAGACUACAUGCUGAAAAUGUUUCGUGACCUGGAUAUGUUGGCAACCGGACUGGAUGAUAAUGAGCCACUGAUCUACAACCGAUCAAGAUAUUACAUCCACAACAAGAAAGGCCAUCUAGUCAACGCACCCUAUGUGGACAACUCUUACAAGUGGGCUGGAGGUGGUUUUGUGUCCACAGUGGGUGACCUUGUGAAAUUUGGAAAUGCCAUGCUGUAUGGCUAUCAACUUGGGCAGUUGGAAAACCUCCCCACCAGCCUUCUUCCUGGGUAUCUCAAGCCCAGCACCAUAGCAAUGAUGUGGACACCAGUGCCCCAAACAGACCUUCCUGGGUCCAGAAGUGAUAAAUAUGGGAUGGCCUGGAGGGUCAUGGAGAAGAAGCAGGAAUGUGGCUUUUGCAGGCAGGAGCGAUACUGUGCCACCCACAGUGGGAGGGCAGUAGGAGCAAGCAGCGUCCUGCUUAUCCUUCCGGAGGAAGGGGCCUUGGAGGCUCCAAAGGGUAGCCCCCAGGUGCCCCCACAGGGUGUGGUGGUCUCCAUUAUUUGUAAUAUGCAGGCUGUUUCCCUCUUAAGCACUGCCUUAAAUAUUGCAAUGGAAUUUGAGAAGGACAAGUUAGCACAAAAUGCUGAUAAAAACAGCUCCUCGCAGGACUGAGCAAGAUUCCUACAGAAAUGUUGAAAUUGAUGUGUGCAGAUCAGUGUCCAUAGCACCCAAAAGAAGUGCCACCCUAUUCUCCAUCAGCUGUGCUGCAUUAAACUCUCCACUCAGGGAGCAGCCGUGUGGGUCUGAGGAUGCCUCAUUGAAGAAGGAAAGGAGCUUGACGAUAUUUCUCCAGUGCAAGUGGCCAAACACACACACACAGCCAUUACUUUCCCAUCAGAAGCCAAACUAGGUGCCAGUCCUAUAACGCUUCCUCUUCUUUCUUUGCUGCAGACUGAGUAAACGUCAUCUAAGAUGCACAAAACAUCUUCCUGGGUAUCUUGAAGAACCUGUGUGGCCUUCUUCAAGGCUUUUCCCUCUUCAAAAUUGUAAUUGAAACCUUGACAGUGAUGGUGAAAGCACAGGGGAUGGCAACCACGCCCAGUGUCCCUUGGCCAGGCAGUCACCAUCCCAGCAGGGAAGAGAGGAUCCAAUGGCCAUCCAUGCACAAUGUUGGUGUAGCACACAGGUGCGAGCUCUUGAUGAGGACUAGAACACAAGAACAGCCUCUCCAUUAGCUCCUUAGGCACAGCCAAGAGAGACGUGGAUGAGUCAACUGCCACCUUGCCUGGCUGAGGAGAGAAAUCCACUAAAGAGAACUGCUGGUAUGAUGGGCUUGACUCUAAAAUAGAUCUUCAGCAGAGGACCUUGGAUCGGAGGAUUGUGUGCUCACAACUGCACUCCCCAGGCAUUGCUCACCGCUGCCGUUGUGCAGGACUUUAAUUGCUCACUGUGGUCUGAAAAUAGGGCAGCAAGCUGUACUAUUUAACCCAUCACUGCAGGUUUGAUUCUCAAAAAGGUCAGAGGCAGCUUUUUGAAGCUUUAAGAGAUGCUUACAAAGUUGGUCAAAGAUUGCAAUCAGUGUGCAUUUACUUGAGAGUAAGUCCCAUUGAAUUCAUGGGUCUUGCAUCUGAGCAAACAUGGAUGGGUUGAGGUUAGAAGCCUUUUCACCAGGUUCAGUUCUCAAAAGCUAGCAAUGUCAUGCUGGAGUCGGCCCUGAAAGGUCCUAUUCUUAGUGAUUUUCGCCUCCCCAUAUUCCUCUGUACUACCUAAUAGGGUGUCCUUGAUUCCCUCUACAUUUUCUUUGGCGUGCCUGUCAACAGUCUGGAGAGGCUGCUGUCAGCUCGGCUGCCUUCUGUAUCCUGCCCUUGGACUUUGGAAAACUGAUUUCAUAUCUUGUAUGUCCUCACUAGUGGAUUUUCCUCUGAACCUUUGUCCUGCCUUUGUAGAGGAUGAGAGCGAGGAAUGACUUAAGGGCUUGAUCUGGCCACUUCCUCUUUCCCACAGAUCACCUUUGCUAGCUUGUUGGGAGAUCUUCAGCCUUUUAUUUGACCACCCUCUUGCUGCUUGAAAGCGGCAGGCCUGGCCAGCUGCUCCUCUUGCUUCUCCUAUCUUAGUCUCCAGUCACAUCAAGGCCUGCCAUUGGCAAAUUAGGCUCUUCCUGUUUGGAGGAUGGCCCAGAUGCAGCUUUGCCAGGAGACCCAGAUCAUUGCUCGUACUUCCUUACGAAACAAUUGUUUGAAAACAAAAUCUUAGACCACUCCAUGGACAUCUGUUUCGCAGUAUAGGGGCGGUGUUAAAGGCACUUCUAACUACUGUUUGAGUAGCUCAAACAGUAAUAAACAUUAUCAAACAGGAUAAACAUUAUCACUUUUAAUAUUUUUUUCUUGGCUGCAACCUAUACUUGUUUGAAAGCCAAGAAAGAGGGGAUUUUAUAAGCACCUCGAUAAAGUUGUAUAACCAAGGAAGACUCCUGGAGAGAGUAGGUUAUAAAAUGGAUUAUCUGAAUUGUUUUUCUUGCUCUUCCGUGUUAGGUGCCAAAUUGGGAAGUCUAACCACAGUAUUUUGGUCCUGGUGCUAAGUGGUUUAUUUUGUCAUUUCUGGCUUUCAUCCAGUUGUGCAGGUAAAAUACUGGAUCACCUUGGGGUGGGGGUGCACCGUGGCCAGCCUGAUGCUCUCACCACAGAAAAUUGUGGCUGGGGAUAAUGGGUAUUGUAGUACAACAGUAGCUGGUGAGCUUCAAAUAGGCCCUGACCUAAACCAUGUUAAGAGUAUCUAUCCCACCACCACCCACUUAUUUCUCUGGCAGCCUGACAUUUGACUGAAUUAUGUUGAUUCCUAAUAAGGUAGGAAUGAUUGUGACUGGCCUUGUGUAUGCCUUAAUAAACUUUUUAUAUUGCUGACUG